UGGAGGGUAUGGUGAGGGGCCCGCAGGGGUGGCGUGGGGAUUCGACAGCGGGGAAAAAGGUUACAAACCGUUCUGCUCUCCCUCGUCGUCAUCUUCUUCACUCUUCCCUACUUCACACACUGCUUCGCACUCAUCACUUGCUGUCCACUGGAAUUCGGUCCGUCUAUUCCUCCGUCUCCUUAACGCUUAAGGUUUCGUAUGCAGCGCAGCAGCCAUGGAUAUGCGGAGACGCGGUUUCACUUCCUCGGAGGAGGAGGAGGAGGAAGAGGAAACUCUGGCUCUGGCUGAGAACUUCGCCAGUAUCGCUCUCAACUCCGGCCAGCGUAGCACCUUUGGGCUUCCUCUCCGGCCUAAUGUUCCGGAUUGUGCCUUUUACCUUCGGACCGGGGCCUGCAAAUUCGGCAUCAAUUGCAAAUUCAAUCACCCGAUGAGGAUGCCUGGCCAGGUUGUCGAGGAAAACUACAGGGAUGGCUCUCUGAAGAAAUCUCCUCAGAUUGUGUGCAAGUUUUACUUAGAAGCAGGAGGUUGCAAGUAUGGAGAAUCUUGUAGAUACAUGCACUCCAAAGGGGAAUCUAAGUUGCAGUUUAACUUCUUAGGUUUGCCAAUACGAUUGGGUGAGAAAGAGUGUCCUUUCUACAUGAGUAAUGGUACAUGUGGAUAUGGGGCUCACUGUGUGUUCCACCAUCCUAAUCCUACCCCAAUGGGAGGACUAAAUACUUCCUCAACCCUGAAUGAUGAAUCUGUUGGACAAUCACACUGUUCUUUUGGGAAUCUUGAUGCUGGUGAAUCAUUGCACUUUUCAGGGACAUCACAACUGGGUCUAACAUCAUGGCCACCUGACGCUUUACAUAUGUCGUCUGAUAAAACUCUUUCUUUCCCAAGUUUCAGUUCAUCGCAUAUUUCUUCGCACUCUGAAAGGAAGAACUAUCUGGGCCCUAGUUAUCUCUACCAGAGGUAUGGGCUUUCUCAGUCCACUCAGGUGUCAAAUGCUUCAGUGAAAAGAAUAGAGAGUUUUGAGCACACCAAGGCUAUGCAGUCUGAAGAAUUUCCUGAAAGACCUGGUCAGCCUGAAUGUGCGUACUUCAUGAAAACUGGGGGUUGCAAAUUUAAGUCUCUAUGUCGGUUUCAUCAUCCGGCUCAGAAGCCAGAUAUUCUGCUCAAUGACAAGGGCCUACCUCUGCGACCUGGUCAACCUAUAUGCCGUAAUUAUCAACGCUUUGGUACGUGCAAGUUUGGGAGUGGGUGUUUGUUCAACCAUCCGGUUGAUCACGGUGAAUGGAUCUCUCCACCCUGGCAAGAAACCUUCACCCCACCCCCUUCCCUCUCCCCCUCCCCAUGAGUGUCUAUUUUAUGAAGAAACAAAUAGCUAAACCUUUGACAAUCGACAGCAUAUGUUCUCCAGGCACUAAGUUUCGGGCACAAACUUGAUUAUGUGCUUCUGGGAUUGGACAAAGCAGAGGAUUUUUGUAUUCACAGGUAGCAUAAGAGCAUGAAAUUUGAAAUGCCAGGAUUUAGAAUAAUUCUUGCC